GGAAGCUAGUGCACUCCAGGGAGCUACGCUGAACUCGUUGAGACACGGACGCUGGCGGCAGCACCAAGAGACACCAUCAGUAUCAAAACACACAAACCCGCGGUACGGGGCUCGGCAGCCAGCCUCUGUCCCUCCGUCUCUCCGUGCCCAGCCAUGAAACAGACCUUACUGGACCUCAUGAGGAUGAGUAGGAUCUGCCGGAUGGUGCUGGCCACUUGUUUAGGAUCCUUUAUUCUUGUCAUCUUCUACUUCCAAAGUAUGUUUCAACCAGUCAUGAGGAGAAACCCAUUUGCAGGCGAAGGAUGCUGUCGAAAAGGUUCGAGAAGCGCUCUGCAAGAGCUGUACAACCCUACACAGGCAGAGUUCUCGGCAGCUGCAGUGUUGCAUCAGGCCCGACGGGAUCAGGUGGCAGACACAUGCCGAGCCCACACUGCGUCCAGUCGCAAGAGACGCGUUCUGACUCCCAACGACCUCAAGCACCUGGUGGUGGAUGAAGAGCAUGAGCUUAUCUACUGCUACGUGCCCAAAGUGGCCUGCACCAACUGGAAGAGGGUCAUGAUGGUGCUGAGCGGUCGUGGGAAGUACACAGACCCCAUGGAGAUUCCGUCCAAUGAGGCCCACGUACCCUCCAACCUCAGGACCCUCAACCAAUACAGCAUCCCCGACAUCAACCACCGCCUCAAGAGCUACCUCAAGUUCCUCUUCGUGCGCGACCCCUUUGAGAGGUUGGUGUCCGCUUACCGCAACAAGUUCACGCUGCGCUACAACUCCUCCUUCCACAAGCGCUACGGGACGAAGAUCGUGAGGCGGUACCGCAAGAAUGCUACGGCCGAGGCGCUGCUGAGCGGCACCGAUGUGAAGUUCCAGGAGUUUGCUGAGUACCUGGUGGACCCGGUUACUCAAAGAGAAGCUCCGCUAAACGAACACUGGCAGACUGUCUACUCGCUCUGCCACCCCUGCCACAUCCACUAUGACCUGGUAGGCAAAUACGAGACUCUGGAAGAAGAUUCCAACUAUGUGCUGAAGCUCGCAGGGGUGGGCGACUCAUUGCGCUUCCCAUCAUACGCUAAAUCCACUCGCACCACCGACCAAAUGGCAGCUAUGUUUUUUAACAACAUAAGUUCCCUGCAACAGGUUCAGCUGUUCCAACUCUACAAAAUGGACUUUCUUAUGUUCAAUUACUCUACUCCAAGCUACCUGAAACUGCAAUAAACACGUUAGCGUGCACACAUGGGCGCUCGUUCAACAAGGUUGAGCGAUGGGAGAAAGACAGUGGCAGUCUCCACACAGGCCAGGAAUCGACCAAACACGAAAUGUAAAAUUGUAUUUAUAUCCGGACGGACGGUAGCUUUAUUUCGAUGAAAUCAAGGAGCUGUCAGUCAACUGCGAAUGCCUACACAUGGGACUUGUUUGGAAAGUGUAAAGUUUUCAUUUGAAGGUGAUCUCAUAGAAGACUGAGGUCAUAUAAGGUAUCAAAUCCUGAUAUAUUUGUCCAUUGAAUUGUAAAUGUGCAGUCCAAAAGCUCCUAUUCCCAACAUCAAAAGCAAUAUGACAGAUUCAGAGCCAUACCUGCUGAACCGGUUUAUCUGUUAAUAUACUCAACCAGCCACCAUUAUUACUGAAGGAGCGCCUUGAGAACUUGGGACUAAGACCUUAUAUAUAAUCAGACAUGUACUGACUUCCCAUUUCUAAAUUCUAAUUCUAAAGUUUUCCCUUUUGGACGUUCACCUCAUGCCUCUCUCCCAUUCUUAGACGGCCUUCGUAUGUGUUUAUUUAUACGGUGCAUAUUUAAAGAAAGGCUUUGUAUGCACACUAAAAUAGGAAGGAUGAAAAAGGCACUGAAUUGUGCCUUUUUUUUAGAGGGAUGUGCCCAAAAGUGAUUGACAAGCAGUGAGUGGUUCAUUCUGCUCAGUCAGUCAAGGGGACGUGUCCAUAGCAGUUGGGUGGUCAAAGGUCCGGGGGUUCAAGCAUGGCCCUCACUGAGUGAUUUCAAGCACGUCGUUCACACAACCCCUCCUCCUUCUGUUCACUUUAAGUAAAUCAUUUUAUUUUGUAUGUUUACUGUCUUAUGAAAAAGUGGCUGCGAGCAGCACAUUAUUAUUAAUAUUAUUUGAAUUAUUGUGUGAAAUAGAGAUUUUAUAUUUUGUUUCCAGGAACAGAAAGCGGAUUAGUGGUAAAGUUUUUUUUUUUAAAGAUUUAAUUGUUAUAAUUUGUUUCUUUUCGCCUCUUAUGCAGAACAAAGGGAUAACUUGCUGGUUGUUUUGUGAGGGGUGUACGAAAACGGGCAGGACUUGGUUUUCUGAGCUGUUCACAUGGGGAAAUUUCACAUAGUGGUGUGUUUGAGUGGAAGACAGAGAGAGAGAGAGAAGUUGUACGGUAGGCAAAUCUGUUCCAUUCAUUAGAUGAUUGAUUCUUUAAAAUAUCUGAGUAGUUCAAAUGAACAUUCUUUAAUUUAAUGACCUGUCUUUUACGAUAUUUUAUUUGAUUUGACAGUGCAUAAAAUUAUUAAAUGGCUUACGUAUAUAUGCUUUGGCUGCAAGCGGGCGUGUCUAAUUUUUUUGUCGGUACCAAAUCCAUAGAGUUUGCCCAGGGUAAAAGCUGAAGCUCUCUCUCUCUCUCUCUCUCUCUCCCUCUCUCCCUCUCUCUCUCUCUCUCUCUCUCUCUCUCUCUCUCUCUCUCAGUGAGAGACUCCCACAGGUCUCAGCUUUUUAAAAAGAAAAUCCAGGGUUUAUUUGGCCUCAGUAAGUGAGGGAUUAACAGCAUUUUAGGCUUUGUAGAACAGAGACCACACAAACACACGUGCACUUUAAAGCCCCCCAGUGAGGCAGAGAGUAAAACGUGGCAAAACGCAGAGGAUAAGGAAAAAUACAAAAUCAAGCCAUGUUAUCGACCUCUCAAUAGAUUGUCCUAUACCUUUUUGCUUAUUGCUAUUCCUAAUACAUAUAACUCAGAUAAAAAACAGUAUUACAAUAAGAUUGCAAUUUUAAUGCUUGACGUUUCUGAAAUUAAGCAGUUAAAACCGUCUGUGAAGAAACCAUCAGAAAAUGUCAUAAAAUAAUUAAAAUAAUAAAAUAACACACUGAUGUGUUGUUUCAACCUAAUGCUGCUGGGUUAUUGUAGCCCAUGGUUAACUAACAACAAACCAGCAUUGUUUAACUUUUAACCCAUCUGUGUGUUCUGUCCAAUAUUUUUCCAAUGCUGGGUUGAAAAUAACCCAUGCAGCAUUUUGCAGUGAAGCAUUUAAGUUUUCUUCUUACACGGAAUAUGAAUGGAAAUUCUGAGGAAUGUUAACACAGUUUUUUUUAUCACAUAUACAGUACUGUGCAAAUGUUUUAGGCCACCACCAGUUUUGUUGUUUUAGCAUAGUUUUAAUCAAAAUCCAUAUUGCUAUAAUUUCUUUAAUGUUGUAGUAUUAUUGAAAAAUCUUCAUCUUAUGUCAAACUCAUGCUCUUAUAUUCUUCUUUUAAGGGUCUUUUAAGAUGGAAAGGGAUGUCUAGUUUAAUAUGAUGGCUGUUAUUUAUCAUUUUAAUUGACUUAAUGUAUGAUAGUCAAAGAAAUGUAUACACCAUUUCAUUAUAUUUAUUGAGGACAGUAAAAUUUGCAAUAAUAUUAGUAAUACCGUAUUCAGUAUGUGACCCUGGACCACAAAACCAGUCAUAAGGCUAAAUUUAACUAAAUGGAGAAUUAUACAUCAUCUGAAAGCUAAACAAAUAAGCUUUUCACAGAUGUAUAGGACAAUAUUUGCCUGAAAUACAACUAUUUGAAAAUCUGGAAACAGUGCAAAAAAAUCUACAUUUAAGAAAAUCACAUUUAAAGUUGUCCAAUUGGAGCCCUUAGCAAUAAAUGUUACUAAUGAUAAUAAUUAUAUAUAUUAAUAAUCAAUCAUUUUGACCCAUACAAUAUACUGUUGGCGAUCGCUACAAAUAUACCUCUGCGACGUAGGUAUGACUGGUUUUCUGUUCAAGGUUCACAUAUAUUAUAUUUUGGUUCAAACCCAGGGAACACACAUGCUGAUAGCUUGUAAUGCACUGUAAGUCGCUUUUGAUAAAAGCGUCUGCUAAAUUCAUAAAUAUAAAAUAAUAUAUUUUAUAAUUUUCCGUUGUAACUGAAUAUUUUCACUUUCUUUAAAAACAGAUAAUACAGGAAAUGUAUACAUAACAUGAAAAAUAAAAUAAAACAUUAUUUACAAACUAUCUUUUAAGGUAAAAGUCAGAGGAGACUGAAGUUAUCAAUUAGACGUUAGAAUUUCAUUUUAUUUAGGUUUAAGAGAGCCUGCAGGUUAAUGUAAUUAGUUAAGUGUAAGAGAAGAUCACACAGUUGAGCCUAGAAUUUGAUUCAGUUUUUUAAUAUUUAAUAUUUUAAUGUAUUUCCUGAUUGUAUUUUAAUAAAUAAACCGAGCUAUAUAUGGUCACUACUAUACCAUUGCAAAAACGACAAAUCAUGCUGGCAUGGUGGAAUGAGACUUUUGUCAGUACUGUACAAAUAAAGUAAAUAUUGACUCAAGCUCUCAAUAGGCCUACCUAACAUUCUACUUUUGUGUUUCCUGUGAAAGAGCGUCAUACAGGUUUCAUCAGGCAACCGACAUGACGUUCCCGAUUAACGCACAAGAUUUGUAUUGCUUGCCGUUUCAACGUGUCGCAUCUUGUGAGAACACUGUGUAAACAGUUUAAUUCCUAAAUGCUUCACUGUGUUUCCGACAGAUGAUAAAUCCUUGUCUGAGAUGUUGUCUUCCACUCAGCUGCUCUCUGAGUUUCUAACUAAACAUAUCACUAAAUCCAAACUUCUUAACUUGAAUUGAAAUUAACAGCUCAGAAAACAAAGGAAUCACGCCUCGGUUUUAUCCAGAACUCUUUAACUAGGUUUAAUUUCUGCUGUACAGGUAUUACAAACAGCCUCAUUAGUGCCCGUGUUGGCGGUCGCAGUGUUUUCUGACUUCCAGUAUCAUCAAAUACACCACCAAAUAAACAGUACAGCUUACUCUAAUACACAACAGUGCCUUCAUGCUCAUUCACACACAUUUUGCACUUAGUUUACACAAUACAAGUCACCAUCCAUACAUGCAAACAAGAUCACAAGGUCUGCCUGUUGCUUUAUGUGCCUAUUGUACAAUCAGCGUCUUUUUUAUUUAUUGCUGUCGUACACCCCUCAAUGUUAAACUUACAGUCUGCAGCCAGGGUUGUGUGUGUUUGUAUAUGUAUGGAUGGAUGCUCAGCUUUUUCGGGCUCAUAUCAGGCUCACAAGCAUUCUCAAAUGAAAAUGUAUUUAUUUAGUCCUUUACGGCAACACACACUUCCUCAGUAUUCAAGAGGGACUGUGCUGGGUCAUUGGGUCAGACCCUUGCACUGUAAAUGGGAAAAAUUAAGUAUACUCUGAUCAAUGAGCUCUCUCUCUCGCUCUCUCUCUCUCUCUCUCUCUCUCUCUCUCUCUCUCUCUCUCUCUCUCUCUCUCUCUCUCUCUCUCUCUCUCUCUCUGAAUCUCUGUUUUCUCAAUAAAGCUGAAACUAAAAACCA